AUGGCAUCUUUUGUCUCAGCUAGCCGCUCUGCGAUUAAAUUUUUGCAGCUCCCAUCCGUUGGCUUUCUUGCACCAUGCCUCCAAAAUGCUACAGCCAUCAAUCAGCAGCAAGUGCGACACCGGCGCACGAAGCACUGGGAUCCAAAGUGGAAACGAUUGCGUAAAGCCAAGUUCGUCAAGAUCGACAUACCGAAUAUGAACGAAAAACCGGACGAACUGUCGCAGGAACAGAUCAAAACACGCAUGAAGGAGCGAGGUCUUCUUCCACCCCGGCCCUGGCUGGAGCGCCCAUUUUACAUCAGCUGCACGGGCGGUGUCUUCGAACCGUACGUACCGCCAGAAGGCGACGGACGCAUGUCGGCAAUCUCGCGCGAAGGUGCCAAGCAAAAAAUUGAACAGCUGGAAAAGAAAACGAAAUCGAUGAUGGCGGUCCGUAAGAUUCGGAACUACGAUGAAGACUUCGAGCCGCCCGAGUUUGCCACUUUAGCGCAGGAUAUUUACAUCGAUGCACACAAAACAUUAUGUGAGAAAAAUAAGUACAAGCUGCGAGAGAUUGUUACGGAGCGCGCCUAUCCGGAGCUGAUGCACAAUGUUAGCGACAAGACGAUUCGAUGGUCGUUUUUGAAAUCCCUCGAGCCUCCACGUGUCGUCCAUGCACGGUGCACCGAAGUCAUUACGAAGGAGAACGUCUUUGCUCAGGUGACGGUACGUUUUCACAGCCAGCAAACGUUGGCCAUUUACGAUCGUUUCGGCCGGUUAAUGCAUGGCAGCGAAACGGUACCGAAGGAUUGUCUCGAGUACGUCGUGUUUGAGAAGCAUCUGGCGAACGAGUACGGUGUGUGGAGGCUACACGAAAAGAUUAUUCCCGACUGGAUGCCACCGAAAGCUCCCGCAUUUAUUACGUAUCGCGUGGACGAUGAACCACCGGUGGCAGUAGAUUCGGAUGCAGAAACCAAGGAAGUCGUUUCGGCCGAUGAAUCUGCCAAAAGUGGAGCAGUUGCAACCGCAUAA